GCCCUUGGCUCGCCCACCUCUCUUCUGACAUUUUGAAAUACACAAGGCUUUGCGAAUGACGAUGUACUGGUGAUAGGCGUUAUUUAUUGGGGUCCCAUCGUUCGUUGACAGAUGGAAACUUAAAGAGAGGGCAGUAAACAGAUAGUACCGAAGGCGGUGCCGUUGCAUACUCAAAGCUCGUGUCAAAUCGAGGAAAUAGUGAACGGAGGCACUCGCGCGGCGACUAAACACUAAAAACUCAUGCCGUCGAGCCGCUUGUGUUAUUAGAGGCUGAUUUGUGCAGCUGCACAUUCGGACAUUGUAUCAUAUCUGUCCUGGAUUACCACUUUAGGAGCGCCAUGACUUGGCAAACAAAUGCACUGUGCUAGGAUGGAAGGAAUAUGGGUUCAGUGAUAGGUAAGCGCACGUAAACACAUCUAUAUAGAGUGCAGUCAGGCUGGAAAACCUGAACAGGUGGCAUAUCUCGGGACAUACACGUCAAGUGGAGCAGACGGACAGCUUGCCUCUUUCCGUUAAUCUCCUGCUGACGAAAGCUUUUCAACCCCUCUCCUCCUCAUCGGGAAACACUUCAUUUCGCGAAGUUCUUGCAGCUAUUUUCCAGUGCUGACUGGAACGGUUCUGGUGUCUUACAGGAUUCUUAAGAUGUACAUGCAAGUUUCCAGCUGGAUUUAAUAGCGAGUGCGUUCUUUUUUUCUCACUCCUUAUGCCUUAUGACUUGGAUGUGUUGAAUAUCCACGUGUCAAAAAGCGACAUGUUUCCUGAAAUUAAUAACAAGUCAGCCAGACCCGAGGCUUUCCCUCACCCCCACAGGUCUCAGGCCGAGAACUCAAAAAUAGGACCCAACUGCACCUACUCACAGAAGUGUGGGACGGGAGUUGGUACUUUACCCCAGCUAGAGGCUCCAGUCAAGCAAGUUUUGGUGACCAAUGGCAAACUUCUGCAUUCGAAUGGAACCUUACCCAGUAUUGUCAAACAGCUGGUGCAAAGCACUCAAGGGAAUCAGGAGGAGAGGCCGAGGCCACAGUUUCCCAAUCGCUUUGGUUCAUCGGUGGAAAACCUCUCAGAAUCCUUAACCAGAAGCAUCAUCAAUAAGUUUGAGAAGAUCAGGACAUAUGAGGGACAGAGGCUGCCUAUGUCUCCAACAACGGCACUGAAGCACUUCCAGAACCAGCUAACAGAAUAUGAGAGGGAGGAGAUCAUGGACUACUCUGAGAUCUGGUAUCUGGGCUUGGACACCAAGAAGAUUGAGGGCUCCCAGGGAUCCCCACAGAAUUCAGGCUAUGACGAUGAGCAUGGCAGCUACAUAAAGGUCCUGCAUGACCAUAUAGGUUAUCGCUAUGAAGUCCUGGAGGUUAUUGGGAAAGGAUCGUUUGGCCAAGUCUUGAAAUGUUUGGAUCACAAGACAAAUGAGAUGGUGGCCAUCAAGAUCAUUCGAAAUAAGAAGAGGUUUCAUCACCAGGCUCUUGUAGAGCUAAAGAUACUGGAUGCCGUGCGGAGAAGAGACCGAGAUAAUUGCCACAACGUCAUUCACAUGAAAGAGUACUUCUACUUCCGCAACCACCUGUGCAUCUCCUUCGAGCUGCUGGGAGCAAACCUCUAUGAGCUUAUUAAGAAGAACAACUUCCAGGGCUUCAGUCUGGGGUUGAUUCGGCGUUUUGCUCACUCACUGCUCAAGUGCCUCCAGAUGCUGCACAAAGAGAAGAUCAUCCACUGUGACCUUAAACCGGAGAACAUACUCCUGUCCCAGAGGGGACAAGGAAACAUCAAGGUCGUCGACUUUGGAUCAAGCUGCUAUGAGCAACAAAGAGUGUACACUUACAUUCAGAGUCGCUUCUACCGCUCACCGGAGGUGAUUCUGGGCCAUCCGUAUAGCAUGGCAAUAGACAUGUGGAGUCUGGGCUGCAUUUUGGCAGAGCUGUACACCGGCUAUCCCCUCUUUCCAGGAGAGAGUGAAGUGGAGCAGAUCGCCUGUAUCAUGGAGAUCAUGGGACUUCCUCCAAAUGACUUUGUUCAACCUGCAUCAAGACGAAGGUUAUUUUUUGAUUCCAAAGGAAACCCAAGGAAUAUCACCAACAGCAAAGGGAAAAAACGUCGACCCAACUCAAAAGAUCUUGCCAGUGUGCUGAAGACCAACGAUCCUCUAUUUCUUGACUUCAUUCGUCGUUGCCUUGUGUGGGAUCCCACAAAACGGAUGACUCCUGAUGAAGGGAUGCAGCAUGAGUGGAUCACAGAGGGCCGUCUCAACAAGCUCCAUCCUAAACCUCGGCCUAUCCGGAAAGACAUUGACAACAAUUAUGACUUCACUUACCGCAAAGGGACUUUAAACAGGACAGCCGAUAAAUCUGUAUCUGACGACAAACCUAAGAGGGUCAGUGACACUUCAAGCAAAGGAGGCAAGACGGUAACAGAAGAGCGUCUGCGUCCUAUAGGAGCAUCAGCCGAGGAAGAAAACAGCGAAGAUUCAGGCAAAAGUGUGAGCAAAGACAGCAAGUCGGACUCAAGUGGAGAGCGGUCCGUUCAGAUCAUCAUCAAAUCUGAACAAGGAUCAAGCACUGAUUCUUCAGAAGGACAGGAGCCUCAGUAUCUCCCCCCUAUUGUCUAACACCCCUUUAUAGCGUGUGAUUUCUACUUCAGCCGCUUGGUCUGGACUUACCUAUUGUGCGGCUUAGAUUGAAUUCGAUUUUGUUGUAUGGCAAAAAAAGUACAAAAAAUCAAACAAAUAAUUUAUUUUUUUAGCCGUUUCUUGUGAUCUGUAAAGGUGCGGUCACACUAGAGUUUGAGCGUGCGAAAUUAUUUUGCGAUAAACGUUGGCAAGAUGUGAUGCUGUAAGGCUUCUGUUUUUAAUAAUGACUAAAUCACAAAUUACAAAAUAAAAUAGAUCCUCUAUAGUGAAACCUCACCUUCACUUUCCAGUCUAGAAGAAUUAGAUUAGUAGUGAAAGAUUGAUAGUCUAUUAAAAUGUUUUGUUGAUUUCUAUGUAAAGUGAAUAAUUUGGUAUCAUUUUGGUGCUUGUGUUGUAUUUUGAAAGGAUUAUUACUAUGAGAUUGUGUGAAACACUGGCAUAUUUUGCAGAGCAUCAUGCUAUGUGCAUGUUUAUUGGGUCUAGUGUGCUUUUUCAUUUUUCUUUUAAAAGCAUCAAAGCUAUUAGCACUGUCAAAAAUAGAGCUCAAGCUAACCUUGAGUACCAAAGCUGCUUUAUUAUGCAAUAUUACUGCAUGAAUUAACAGUGUUUGAAUGUUUUGUUGUCAUUUGCCAGGUUUUUUUUUAUUAUUAUUAUUGUUUCUAUGAGUUAGUUAGCUGUCAGUGCAAUAAUUACUGAGCCAAAGAGAUUUUUUGUAUACAUUUUUGUUGUAGAGAAACGCAUCCUCAGACUAAAUCUGAUGGAAAGCACACUAGAUCAUCAAAAUGUGCACAAUAUUUGCGUGAUUAUAAUGAUGAUGACUGAUGGCAAUAUUGUUGUUGAUGAAGAUGGUUAUGAUUAUUAUGAUUUAGAUUCAAGGUCAAGAAUGAUGUUUUUAAAGUUGCUGUUUAAAGUAAAAUUAGUGCAUCAUUGUAUGUUCAUACAGAAUUAAAAUACUAAAUUUUAUGGAUUGUAAUAGUUUAUUUUCCUGUAUAUAGAGUUCUUAAUGUAAAUACCAUCCACCCUAUGUGGAUGGCACCAAGUCAUGUAAACAUAGACAAGGUUUUACUUGUUCUUGUAUUGUUUAUCUGUUAUAAAUGAAAAAGAGAUUUUUACUACCAUAUGCUAUCUCUCUCCCUUGUUGUUUCUUGACAAUUUUGUUUAUGUGAUUUUAGAAGAAAGUCUUGGAUCAAGGGUGUUAGGUAGUGCCUUUCAGUAUUAGAAUGAAAUAAUCUAAGUUGUCUCCUGAAAAAUGUCUGUAAUAUACUGUCAUAUCUUUGACAAUAAAGAUGUAAUACCUGAA